AUGGCCCAGGCAGCCUCCCUGGCACAGCUCCAAGCAGAAGCCAGCUGCCCCAUCUGCCUGGAUUACCUGCAAGACCCCGUGACCACUGACUGUGGGCACAACUUCUGUCACUCGUGCCUCCUCCAGCGCUGGGAGGGUCUGCAGGGCGACUUCCCCUGUCCUGUGUGCCUCCAGCACUGCCCUGACAGGAGCCUCAGGAGGAACACCCAGCUCUGUCACAUGGUUGAUGUUGUGAAGCAGCUUCCCAACAUGGAAGGUGAGGGGAAGCAGCAGGAAGAGAAAGCCCUGUGUUUGAAGCACCAUCAGGUUCUCAGCCUGUUUUGUGAGGAGGACCUGGAGCUGCUGUGUCCCCAGUGCAAGAUCUCUUCUCACCAUGGUGGGCACCUCGUGGUGCCCAUGGAACCAGCUGCAGCCUGUCACAGGAGGAGGCUCAAAGGCUCCAUUGAGCCCCUGAAAGAGCAGCAUGAAGUUGCUAAAAAGGCACUAGAAAUGCAAGUCUCAAAAACAUUUGACUUGAUGCGAGAGGUGCAGAAGCAAAGGAGCAAAUUGCAAUCUGAAGUUGAGUAUAUGAAACAUUUCUUGAAUAAGGAGCAUGAUGCAAUUCAUUUCAGGUUACUAAACAAUGGGAAGGAUGUUCAGGAUAAAAUAAUUGAGUCAAGGAACCAAAUAUCAGACCACAGUUCCAGAUUAAAAAGUCUGCUUGAUGAAAUAACCAAGAAGUGUUUGCAGCGUGACCUGGAUUUACUGAUGGGCAUUGAAAGGAUCUAUAGCACAUACAAAAACCUGGAGAGCCCAGCAGGCUUCUCCUAUGAAUUAAAGAAGGAGAUUUUCACUCUCCCCCCACAAUAUUUUGGCCUGCACAAAAUGAUCACUACAUUUCAGGAAUAUCUGACUCUAGAUGCUGGAACUGCUCACAACAGUCUCUUCAUUACAAAAGAUAGGAAAACAGCAACAUUUCAAAGGAUGAAACUAAACUGUUUUUAUAACCCCCAGGCCUUUACUUCUCACCCAGCUGUCUUGGGUUCUGAGGGAUUUAAUGCUGGCAGGCAUUUUUGGCAGGUUGAAGGAAGAGGCCUGGGUGAAUGGUCCUUAGGUGUGUGUAAAGAAUCUUUCCCCAGAAAUGUUCCUAUACCACCAACCCCAGACAAUGGCUGCUGGAAAAUUCAGGUCAGGGCAACCACAUCUGGCACAGGGGAUUUGGAAAACUCUCGUCGGAUUGGUGUUUUUCUGGAUUGUGAGUUGGGAGAAGUUUCUUUUUACAACUUGAUUGAGAGAUCUCUUUUAUAUUCAUUCAGUGCCAUUUUUACAGGAAAACUUAUGCCCUACUUCUCUGUUGGAUCUUCUUCCACAUCAGUUACAUUGAAUCUAGUUGAAGAUGAGGUCUGA